UCAGAUGGUGAACGAAGAUGGCGGUUGAUUUCUGUCUCAGAAAAACCGUCCCAGUUGGAGGGAAAGGCGAYCCUGUUUGUCCAAAUACUAUUCUUCUCCGUUCAGACAAACCUUUAACCUUUGGUAGAAUUGCAGUUUCAGGCGAAGUUAACGUUCGUCUGCAGUCAAAAAUCGCGCCAUUAAUGAUUUCUCGCAAACAUGCAACCGURUCUUGCUCCGAAGGCAAAUGGACUCUACUUGAUCACCAGAGUUUGAAUGGUGUAUUCGUGAAUGGUGCAAAACUUCAAAGCAACACUCCUCAGGAACUUCACAUAGGUGACAGGAUAGUAUUUGGAGUUGCACUUGAAUCUAGUGCUCCUGAAUUUGAAUAUAUAUUUGAUGUUAUGCCCUCUGUAAAGAAGAGAAGYGCUGAAAAGCCAAUUAUUUGUAGUAAGGAAGCAAAACAAAGAAAAGUKUUAUCUGAGAGUGGACCUAAUGUCUCAGGCAGCASUGAAAUGAAAUCAUUAGACAAAUCUUGUGAGARAAUUCCUGCAAAAUGUAAUUCUUCUAAGCAAGAGGUGGAUGCUAUUGCAUURAAGGAAAAAYUAGAAGCAGAAAAGGAUGCAAUGCAAGAACAACUCAAAACUCUUGAGGAAAAGGAAGUCAAGUUGAAUGAAGAACUUGAAAGUCAGAAAGCAUUGCUGGUGAUCGAGAAAGAAAAACUAGAAGAACAACAUAAACAAGAGAUGAAUCAAAAGCUUGAACUCAUGGAUAUGGAAUUACAGGAGAGACUACAAAAUGAAAAAUCAAAGCUUGAAAAAAUUAUUACAGACAAAGAAAGCGAGCAGUCAAGUUUACUCUUAGAACUAACRAAGUGCAAACGAGAAGUCAAUGAAUACAAAAAUGCUAUUGARAGAUUGAAAGUGGUGCAGGCAAAUGAGAAAAAGCURGAAACAAAUCUUGAGGAGCUKAAGUGUCUAGUUGAGCAAAAAGAAGARGAAUUAAAGCAACAACAGGAGUACACCAAGAAAGCACAAGAGGUUGCACAGACAGUUGUUGAACAAAUGGAAGAUGAAUUCUCWUGUAUUGUCUGYCAAGAAUUAAUCAUCCGUGCAACWACUCUAGCCUGUUCUCAUUCAUUUUGUGAGUACUGUCUGUAUUCCUGGCUAAAGAAGAGAAAUUCUUGUCCAGUCUGUCGYAAAUCMGUGGAAACUCAACCCAUUCACUCCAUAGUGCUUGACAAUGCAAUUGCUAAAAUGGUUGAAGCUAUGGAUGAUGACAGCAAGGAAAGAAGAAAGGUUUUGUUGCAGGAGAGAGCAGAGAAAAGCAGAGAUGUGAUUUUUCCUAUUGUCCAACUAACGCAUGCACAACGCCACAUAAUCGAGACAUACGAGCGCUCGUAUAACAACGACGUACGCUUCAAUGAAGGUCGCGACACAAGRCGAAUUCCUGUACGUGGCUACCAUGCUAGUAGGUAUGAGGAAACUCACAACGUUGGGCCGAGCUAUACUGAUAGGAAUUACAACUAUCAACAACAGAGGAACAGUGGUCAUGUGUACCACCAACAGAGGUCGGGUGGAUAUGGAUACCAUAACGUGGUGUGUUAUGCUUGUGGGAUACGUGGUCAUGUAGCCAGAGGUUGUCCAUACAGCUACCAAAGAUAGCUAACCAUCUAUACAUGAAGAUAGCCAUGGGAAUGUUUUGGCGUCCAUAAUAAUUUGUUUCCAUAAUGUAUAGAAUUUGCUGAAUAUAUAGCUAUUAAAUUGUGUGAAAUACAUUUGAUCUAUAAAAUAAUGGAAUGCAUUCAACUCCGCGUGCUUGACUACCACCAACGAAUAUCACCCAUGACCGGGGGUUGACGCGAGUAGCGAAAAGUGUUCAUACUAGAGGAUCCGACUGAAGUCAAGUACAAGAGGCGUUGACUGCAUGACAUAUCAAUUCAUAUUUUUUGAACAAAACUGUAUAUAAAUCAACCUUUUCACUUAUGGGAACUAGGUUAACUCGAAACUUAAUAAUUGGCUUUGGUACUUGCCUUUUUCUUGCUUGUUAUAAUAUAUUGUUAUUGUUACUAUUGCUAUUAAACUGAAAGCGAAUCAUUCA